UCCGGAUGCGCCGCGGCGGCCGCGGGCCUGGGGCGGCCACGCUCCCUGUGCUCCGAGAGGCCUGCGCGGCGCAGCUGUUGCCAUGGCUUCCGGAGCCCGCGGCCGGAGGUGGGCGGUCUCGCCAGGCGGCUGCUAGCUCGGGCGGCGAGGCGGCCCGGGAAGCGGAGGGACUGCGGUGCCGCCGCCUGCCCUUCGGUGUGGAAGAAUGGCAGUGAGCCACUCCGUGAAGGAGCGGACCAUCUCCGAGAACAGCCUCAUUAUCCUGCUGCAGGGCCUCCAGGGCCAGGUGACCACCGUGGACUUGCGGGACGAGAGCGUGGCCCGCGGCCGCAUAGACAAUGUCGAUGCCUUCAUGAACAUCCGCCUGGCCAACGUCACCUACACAGACCGCUGGGGCCACCAGGUUGAGCUGGACGACCUCUUCGUGACGGGCCGUAAUGUCCGUUAUGUCCACAUCCCCGAUGAUGUGAACAUCACGGCGACAAUUGAGCAACAGCUGCAGGUCAUCCACCGGGUGCGCAACUUCGGCAGCAAGGGCCAAGGCCGGCGUGAAUUUCCGUCCAAAAAGUAUAAAUGAGCCUCUUCCCCAGCGAGCCCCUGUCCCCGCAUAGGUUUCCCCAGAGUUCUACUGAGUCAACUGCCUGCUACCCUCCCUGCCCUGAGCCCGGAGAGAGAGUGAGCGGGGCCAGCCCAGAAACCAGUGUCUCCCACAGACACCCCCUGUCACAGCUGCCUUUCACCGGGUGCCAUCUCCUAGACUGUCUCUGGGAUCCUACUUACCUGUCCGUGGCCUUGAUCGUUUAUGUCGGAAUCUGAUUUACUGAUUUAGGGACUCUGCCAAAUAGAAUCUGAUUUACUGAUUUAGGGACUCUGCCAAAUAGUCUUCAGCCCUCUCCCAGUGAGGAUUAUCAAGUGUACCCAGCGUGGGGCGCCUGGGUGGCUCAGUUGGUUGAGCGUCUGCCUUCAGCUCAGGUCAUGAUCCCCGGGGUCCUGGGAUCAAGCCUCACAUUGGGGCUCCCUGCUCAGCAGGGAGUCUGCUCCCUCUCCCUCGGUGUACCCUUUCUCUCUGUCUCUCUGUCUCUCUCUCCGUCUCAAAUAAAUAAAUAAAAUCUUUAAA